CAGGUUGGAAGGUAAACGGUGAUAGAGAAAUUGGCGCAGAGAUUAGCUUGAAGGUUUCAUAUAAUCAUGGCUUCGAAGGGUGGUGUUGAUUCAGCAGAUGGCUCUAAAGAUACUCAAACCACAAGUAAAGGCAGAGGCAGAGGCAAGAGGGGGAAAGUUUGCUUGAAUAAUGUUUAUCAUAAAAGAGGUAAAGGGAUUAUUGAAGAUAUUGAGUUUAAUGCGGAUGGACAACCAGUGGGGAAAAAUGCAUCUCAGUUGCAGUCGUACAUUGGCCUUCUAACUCGUGACCAUGUUAAAAUCUGUAUAAAGAAAUGGAAAGAGGUUCCAGAAGCAGUUAAAGAUACAAUAUGGGAGCAAGUUAAAGCUUCUUACAAGGUUCCGGAGCAAUGGAAGUCAGCAUGCUUGGAAUCAGCAAAUACCAAGUGGCGAACAUGGAAAGCUAGGGUGGCAAAGGAACAUGUCAUUCCAAAAGAAAACAAUCCAAAUGAGUUGUUUAAAGUGCCGGUAGGCUUAGGCAUACAGGAGGCCGACUGGGCUCUGUUUGUACACAACCGGACCACAACUGAAUUUAAGGAAUUGAGUGAGCAGCAGAGGGAGAGGAGGGGUAAACACUUAUACCCGCAUCGACUAUCACGUAAAGGUUAUGCAAACCUUGCUGAAGAAAUCAAGAAUUCUGAGUUGCAAGACGAUGAAGAGCUUAAUAGAUGCCUGCUAUGGAAGAAAGCAAGAUUGAAGAAGGAUGGAUCCACUGACAAUGACAAUGAGAACUUGAAGAUUGCUAUGCAGAAAAUAGAUGAAUACAUACGUGAAAAGGAUCAAGGGAAACUUGAGUCAGAAGAAGGUUCAAGUGAUUUGCUUUCACUUGCCCUCGAAAAACCAGAGCAUGUUGAACUUUUUGGCCAUGAAUCAAAACUUUACAUUAUGAAGAAGGAUUUGGUUCCAUUUUGUAACAUGGAACCAAUAACAGGAGGUUGCAUUGUGGCAUACAUUUGCCAUCUGUACAACAACUUGAGGGAAAUUGGUGCAGAUUCAAAAUUUUUAUUUGUGAAUCCAUUUACCGUAGACAAUGUAGUAAAGCAAGAGGAUAGAACACGCGCCCUGUCACAACGAUUACUUGAGGUUGCUGCAUCAGACGUACUCGUAUGCGUGCCUUGCAACGUGGGUGGGCAUUGGAUUCUGACCAUCAUUGAAGUUGAAAAAGGAAAAGCGUUUCUAAUGGAUCCUCUCAGUCAUCGUAACAAGGACAGCAUAUGGAAGUCUGUCGUCGACACUGCGCUAAGCAUGGUCACUGCAAAAAAUGGAAAGAAAAUGAAAAAAGCAAAUUGGGAAGUUAUAAAGGGCCCUACACAACCUGAUGAUAAGCAAUGUGGCUACUUUGUGAUGAGGUUUAUGAGAGAUAUUAUCGAAGGGUCUCAAAAUACGGCAGCCUCAACUUUUCACUUAUCAUCACUGUUUAAGGGUGUUACUACUUAUUCUCAAAACCAACUUAACGAGGUUCGUGAAGAAUGGGCAAGGUGUCUGAUUAAGAAUGCAUUGGCUGGAUAG